CAAAUUGAGCAAGACGCAUCCCGUUUCGACAAACAAAUUGUUGUCCUAGAAAAAGAGGAAAAUUUAGUUGGGACUGAAGAAGUUGAAAUGGCACUAGUUUUGCAAGCAUUUCUGGUAGCUCUGUGCAUCACUGCGUUCCAUCGAAAUUUAGCCGAUGCAAAAGCUUCGAAGAGCAUGUACCUCACCUGGGGUACCCAACACGCUACGAUUCAAGGCGAGAAUCUUAAGCUCGUGCUCGAUCAAACUUCAGGGUCUGCUGCAAUGUCAAAGAGAGGUUUCUUAUUCGGAAGCAUCGAGAUGCUGAUUAAGUUGGUACCUGGGAAUUCCGCCGGGAUAGUGACCGCCUACUAUCUAUCGUCAACAGGACCCAAACACGAUGAGAUAGAUUUUGAAUUCCUAGGGAACGUUUCUGGACAACCUUACAUUGUCCACACAAACAUAUAUACACAAGGAAAUGGAACCAAAGAGCAGCAAUUUUACCUCUGGUUUGACCCGACCGCUGAUUUCCACAACUACACCAUACAUUGGAACCCUACUGAAAUUGUGUGGUACGUCGAUAGUUUGCCCAUUCGUGUUUUCCGAAACUACGAGAACCAGGGGAUUGCCUACCCCAACAAGCAAGGGAUGAGGGUUUACUCCAGCUUAUGGAAUGCUGAUAACUGGGCAACUAGAGGUGGGCUAGAGAAGAUAAACUGGACCGGUGCACCCUUCACAGCCGGGUUCAAAAACUUCAGGGCAAGAGCCUGCAAGUGGGAUGGAGCCGCCAGCAUUAGUGCAUGUGCCGCCACUUCCCGGGCUAACUGGUGGACCUCCCCUAUAUACAGCCAGCUGAACAGCAGUAAGCUCGGCCAGCUGCAGUGGGUCAGGCAUAACCACAUGAUCUAUGACUACUGCAAAGACACAAAACGAUUCAAUGGAAAGAUGCCAUCUGAAUGUUCUAAACAACAAUUCUGAUUUAAGGCUAAGCAAUCAAGCUACAGAAAGAAACCCGAAUCCCGUUUCAACCAGACGACUGAUUCUGCAGCCUUAAUUGGCUUUCCUCUUCCCGUUCACGACUGCCAAUUAAAUUUCGUUGUGGUUUUUUUGUGUUUCGAUUUUUCAAUUAUGUUGUAUUCUGCUGUAAUUCAAACAGAUUUACCAUUUUUGUUAUUUUUUAAUGAUUCACUCACAUUUGUAUCAUUCUUUUACUUGUGUUCCAGCUACACUGAUCUAUAAAGCGAUCAACUUUCUGAGACAAAGAAGUAUCAAUUAAAUGACCAAAUUGCUCUUGAUCUUCCAUUCUUUUCUCAGCAGCCAAACACUCAAAACAUCAAUAACCAAACAAAGCAAGCCCUAUUGAUUUUCCAUUCUUUUCUCAGCAGCCAAACACUCAAACAUCAAUAACCAAACAAAUCAAGCCCUCUCGAUUUUCCAUUCUUUUCUCAGCAGCCAAACACUCAAACAUCAAUAACCAAACAAAUCAAGCCCUCUUGAUUUUCCGUUCUUUUCUCAGAAGCCAAACACUCAAACAUCAAUAACCAAACAAAUCAAGCUAACUAUGCCCCGGAACUCGAUUUUAAUCAAACAAAUCAAGCAUGCUAAUGCAACGUAAGUAAUUUUAACGGAUAUUUAACAGAUAGACAAUUCCGGCAACACGAAGCUUGAGUUACAAGAGGAAAAGUGAGAUUAAAAUCGAGUUAUACGGGUAUAUAAAAAAAUAAGCCUAAAAUGUAUACAAACCGAAACAUAGAGUAAAUGAACCCAAUAAGUAAAAUUUGCAAUUCAAAUUGUUAAUCAAUCAUUCACAUUUGUCUCAUUCUCUUACUUUUUCAGUUCCUCUGAUCAA